AUGUUAACGGCGAGGAGCGCGGAGGAGUGUGGAGCAGCGCGGAAGAGCACGAGGAGCGUGGAGGAGCGCAAGGAGCGCAGAAGAUCACGGUGGAGCGCGGAGGAUCACGGAGGAGCUUGGAGGAUUGCAGAGGAGUGCAAAGAGCGUGGAGGAUCACGGAGGAUCGUGGAGAAGCAUCCGGACUGGUGGAAGGUGCUGGAGCGCUUGGGAAGAGCCUGCCCACCACCAUGGAGCCGCUGCCCUUACGGGAGGGCUGGAGUGCUGGCUGUGCUGGCCGGGCUUUCCCGGCGAGCACUGGGCAAGGCCAAGGAAGCUUCGGAAGAGGAAGAUCCUUCGCUCCGUGCUGAGAUGGGCCUGCUUGAAGCGGGGCCUCUAGGGCUGCUGGCAGCGAGCGAAGCCGAGGAGGAGAACUUGCGUGCUCAAGUCAGGGACCUGGAGGAGAAAUUGGAGACUCUGAAGAUAAAGCGAAAUGAAGACAAGGCAAAACUUAAAGAGCUGGAGAAGUACAAGAUCCAGCUGGAGCAGGUGCAGGAAUGGAAAAGCAAAAUGCAGGAACAGCAGGCUGAUCUGCAGAAGCGUCUAAAGGAGGCCAAAAAGGAAGCCAAAGAUGCCUUGGAAGCCAAGGAGCGCUACAUGGAGGAGAUGGCAGAUACUGCUGACGCGAUCGAAAUGGCAACCCUGGACAAGGAGAUGGCAGAGGAGCGAGCAGAGUCCCUGCAGCAGGAGGUGGACUCGCUCAAGGAGAAGGUGGAAUAUCUCACGAUGGACCUGGAGAUCCUGAAGCACGAGAUAGAAGAGAAAGGCUCAGAUGGAGCAGCGUCCAGUUACCAGGUCAAACAGCUAGAAGAGCAAAACGCGAGGCUCAAGGAAGCCCUUGUAAGGAUGCGGGACUUGUCGGCCUCCGAGAAGCAGGAACACGUGAAGCUGCAGAAGCAAAUGGAGAAGAAAAACACGGAGCUGGAGUCCCUGCGUCAGCAGAGGGAGAAGCUGCAGGAGGAGGUGAAGCAGGCGGAGAAAACGGUUGACGAGCUGAAGGAGCAGGUCGAUGCUGCUUUGGGUGCCGAAGAGAUGGUGGAGACUCUGACGGAGAGAAACCUAGACCUGGAAGAGAAGGUCCGGGAGCUGCGCGAGACCGUUGGAGACCUGGAAGCCAUGAACGAGAUGAACGACGAGCUGCAGGAAAACGCCCGGGAGACCGAGCUGGAGUUACGGGAGCAGCUGGACAUGGCCACGGCGCGGGUGCGCGAAGCGGAGAAGCGCGUGGAGGCGGCGCAGGAGACCGUGGCUGACUACCAGCAGACCAUCAAGAAGUACCGGGAGCUGACUGCACACCUGCAGGAUGUGAACCGUGAGCUCAUGAGUCAGCAAGAAGCUUCUGCUGAGAAGCAGCAGCAGCCCCCUCCGGAAAUGUUCGACUUCAAGAUCAAGUUUGCGGAGACGAAGGCCCACGCCAAGGCCAUCGAGAUGGAGCUGCGGCAGAUGGAGGUGCAGCAGGCCAACCGGCACGUCUCGCUGCUCACGGCCUUCAUGCCCGAGAGCUUCCUGCGCCACGGCGGGGACCACGACUGCGUCCUGGUGCUGCUGCUCAUCCCCCGGCUCAUCUGCAAGGCCGAGCUCAUCAGCAAGCAGGCGCAGGAGAAGUUCGAGCUGAGCGAGAGCUGCGCGGAGCGCAGCGGGCUGCGGGGCGCGCAGGGCGAGCAGCUCAGCUUCGCCGCCGGCCUCGUCGAGAUGUGUCACACUCUGCCACUGAGCGUGGCAGAGUCCUGCCGGGCUCCAGAUGCUGAGAGCCAAGUCUUCCCUGCAGCCCAGCUCCCUCUUCCGGCCCUGAACAAAUGCAGUGUUGAGGUGUACAAGAAGGUGGGGAUGCUUUACCCCGAGAUGAGUGUCCAUGAGCGCUCCCUGGACUUCCUGAUCGAGCUGCUGCAUAAGGACCAGCUGGAUGAGACGGUCAACGUGGAGCCCCUGACCAAAGCUAUCAAAUACUACCAGCACCUGUAUAGCAUCCACCUGGCUGACCAGGCUGAGGACUGCACCAUGCAGCUGGCCGACCACAUUAAGUUCACGCAGAGUGCCUUGGACUGCAUGGGCGUCGAGGUGGGCAGGCUGCGCUCCUUCCUGCAGGCUGGGCAAGAGGCUUCCGACCUCGCCAUCCUGCUCAAGGACUUGGAGACGUCGUGCAGCGACAUUCGCCAGUUUUGCAAGAAGAUCAGGCGCCGCAUGCCGGGGACGGACGCGCCGGGCAUCCCCGCGGCGCUGGGCUUCGGGCAAGCUUGGGGGCGCUCGCCCUGCCUGCACCCUCAGGCCAUGUCUGCUGGCAGGGCUGUGGUUCAGGGAGGCGCCAGAGGUGCCCGCGGGCCCACGCCACCCGCCGACCUGCGCGCAGCAGCUCUUCGGGCAGAGAUCACCGAUGCCGAGGGGCUGGGGCUGAAGCUGGAGGACAGGGAGACGGUGAUCAAAGAGCUGAAGAAAUCCCUCAAGAUCAAGGGCGAGGAGCUCAGCGAAGCAAACGUGCGGCUCAGCCUCCUGGAGAAGAAGCUCGACAGCGCGUCCAAGGAUGCUGACGACCGAGUGGAAAAGAUACAGACAAAGCUGGAUGAGACCCAGACACUGCUCAAAAAGAAGGAGAAGGAGUUUGAGGAGACCAUGGAUGCUCUGCAGGCAGAUAUCGACCAGCUGGAGUCGGAGAAAGUGGAGCUGAAGCAGCGCUUGAACAACCAGUCCAAGAGAACCAUCGAGGGGCUGCGCGGCGCCCCGGCCUCCGGAGUUGCCUCCAUCGUGUCUGGCAUUGCGGGAGGAGCCAGAGUGCCCAAGGGGCCGGGCACUGCUGGGCCUGUGAAGGACUCGCCGCUGCUGCUGCAGCAGAUCGAUGCCAUGCGCCUCUCCAUCAAGCACCUCAAGAACGAGAACAACCGGCUCAAGGGAGCGCAGAUGAAGAUGGAGCUGGCGGGGCUGGCACCCCUGCACGUGCCCAAGCUCUCGCUGCCCAAGGACAGACAGGGCGACGAGGCGGCCUCGGGCAGCCUCUACCGCAAGACCAGCCAGCUGCUGGAGACCCUCUACCAGCUGAGCGCCAACGCCAGGGUCGUGGACAUCACCCGCAGGAAGGCGGGUAGGGCCCACGCCGCGCGCGGGGGGACCACCAGUAAUUGGUCACUGCUAAAUUUGAACCUGUUCUACUACAAGGACUUCUAG